AUGAGAUAACGCUCUUUUCUUCCAAAUUUAGUUUAGAUAUAAUCUCCAUCCAUUCAUCCAUAACUGCUUUUCUUAUUGAACAAAAGUAUUAAUAAAUAUUUAAAUAGUGAUUAAAACAGAAGAAUAUGUGGGGAUUAAAUAAAAAAUUGUCAAAUUUAACAUGCUAACAUAAAACCCACAAAUACAAUAAUAUUUAAAUAUUAAACAAAAGUAAAUUAAAUUAAAUUAAAAAGUUUAACCUCAUUUUUCUAAUGAUUAAAUUCUAACCUUUUUUUUAGGCUGA